CGAAACACAUCCUCACAUGGGACGUUCAGUUUUUACUUUGAAUCAAAUGAUAGCCGAAAACGCUUAAGUUUUACUCUUUUUAAAUACCCACGUCGUCAUCAUGUUGAAAUCUAAAACCUUCGUUAAGAAGACUCGGGGCGGCCGGGUGAUGAAAAUAGUGCGCGAGCAUUAUCUGCGAGACGACAUUUGGUGCGGAAGCGAGGCGUGCGACCAGUGCCGCCAGGAGUCCACUGUGCUGCAGAGAGAAGCAUGCAUCGAGAGCAACUUGUGCUCGUUUUCGCAUUACCUCGUCCCCGACACCAAUGUGGUGUUGCAUCAGAUCGAUGUUUUGGAGGACCCCGUGAUUUGCAACGUGGUGAUCCUCCAGACCGUUCUGCAGGAAGUACGCCACCGCAGCGCGCCGGUCUACAAACGUCUCAAGGAUCUCAUCCACGAGGAGGAAAGACACUUCUACACAUUUACCAACGAGCACCACAGAGAGACAUUCAUCGAACGCGAACCGGGGGAGAGCGCCAACGACCGUAAUGACCGAGCUAUCCGUGUGGCGGCCAAGUGGUAUAGCGAGCACCUGGCAAAGCCCGAUGACCCCAAGCUGGUGCUCCUAACUAAUGACGUCGCUAAUAAGCAGAAGGCACAAGAGAGCGGUCUGUUGGUGUACAAAUUCGAGGAGUACGUCAAGGGCCUGAUCGCGAAUCCCGAGCUCGUGGAUCGCCUCGCCUUGUCAAAUGAUGACAAGAACGACAUCGCCAGCAGUAGGGUGUUAUUCCCCGAGCAUCUCCCGCUGUCCAGGAUCCAGGCUGGCAUCAAAAGCGGCUCCUUCCUCCAGGGGACCUUCAAGGCCAGCAGGGACAACUAUCUGGAGGCCAAAGUUUUUAUCCAAAAAGAUGAGGAAGACGGCACAGAGGUUUUGAUCCAGGGCCUUCAGCACCUCAACAGAGCCGUGCACCAAGAUGUGGUCGCCGUGCAGUUGUUGCCGCGCAGUCAAUGGGCGGCGCCGUCUUCCGUCAUGCUGCAGGAUGUGGGCUCGGCCAAAGACGACACCACCACCGAAGAAGAGGAGCAGGAGGAGGAUGCUCUGAUAAGUUGCGGAGGGGAUGUCGACAGGAAGCCGACAGGCAAGAUAGUGGGGAUCAUCAAGAGGAACUGGAGGCCCUUCUGUGGCAUGCUCAACAUCUCCCAAAUCAAAGAGUCGACACGCCACCUUUUCACGCCGGCCGACCGCUGCAUUCCACGCAUCCGCAUCGAAACCCGCCAAGCGUCCACAUUAGCAGGCCAGAGGAUCAUGGUGGCCAUCGACGGCUGGCCCAAAGACUCCAGAUAUCCAAAUGGUCACUUUGUCCGUACUUUGGGCGUGGCGGGGGAAAAGGAGACGGAAGAAGAAGUCUUGCUGCUGGAGCACGACGUUCCCCAUCAGGCCUUCUCUCAGGCCGUGCUUAGUUUUCUUCCCAAAAUGCCAUGGAGCAUCAAACCGGAGGACAUCGUGGGCAGGGAGGACCUGAGGCAUCUGACAGUGUGCAGCGUGGAUCCUCCCGGAUGCACGGACAUCGACGACGCGCUCCACUGUAGAGAGCUGGCCAACGGCAACUUUGAGGUGGGAGUCCACAUCGCCGAUGUCACUCACUUCAUCAGACCCGGAAACGCUCUGGACAAAGAAGCCGCCAACCGAGGCACGACCGUUUACCUCUGUGGGAAAAGGAUCGACAUGGUUCCCGAGCUGCUCAGCUCCAAUCUGUGUUCGCUCCGCUCCAACGUGGACAGGCUGUCUUUCUCGUCUAUCUGGGAGAUGAAUCAAAAGGCUGAAGUUGUGAAAACGCGCUUCACGAAAAGUGUCAUCAACUCUAAGGCAUCUCUGACGUAUGCUGAGGCCCAGAUGAGGAUCGAUGAUACGGGCAAGAAUGACGACAUCACCAAAAGCCUGCGCGGCCUCAACAAGCUCGCCAAGAUCCUGAAGAAGCGCAGGAUUGAGAAAGGGGCGCUGACGUUGUCCUCCCUGGAGGUCCGCUUUCACAUGGACAGCGAAACCCACGACCCCAUUGAGCUUCAGACCAAAGAGCUCAUGGAGACCAACUCCAUGGUGGAGGAGUUCAUGUUGCUGGCCAACAUUUCAGUCGCCCAGAAGAUCUACGACGAGUUUGCCGAGUGCGCCCUGUUGAGGAAACAUCCGGCACCGCCGCCUUCCAACUAUGACAUUCUCCUGAAGGCAGCAAAGUCCAAGGUGGGUCAAGAACUUGUUCAUGGGCUUGCACACGUUAACAACUAAUA